GGCCUGGACUCCUGGGUCCUGGGGCAGCAGGAGGGGGCCCAGGACACAAACACCUGAGUACCAAGAGGGGAGGAAGCCAGGAAGUUGAGGCUUGUUCUGCCGGAGAGAGAAGAAAACGGUCCAGACCCCGGCAUGUGGGGAUACCUGUCCCUGCUGCCUGCCUUCCUGGCAUUCUGGGCUACUGCUGGCAUCUGGACCGUUUUUUCGCUUGCUGUGGCCAACAAGGCUGUGAACCUCACUGAAGGCUUCCCCUAUAUCAGUCGAUGUGGAAAUAGCCCACCUCAGAGCUGCAUCUUCAGCCAAGUGCUCAACUUGGGAGCUGCUUUGGCCGCCUGGACCUGCAUUCUCCGUUACCACCAGCUUCGGGACUGGGGGGUCGGAAAGUGGCCUAACCAGCUGAUCCUGUGGACGGGGCUCCUCUGCGCCUUGGGCACCUCCAUAGUGGGCAAUUUUCAGGAAAAGAACCAGCGGGCCACGCACCUGACGGGGGCCUUCCUCGCCUUCUUUGUGGGAAUAUUCUACUUCUGGCUGCAGCUCCUUGUCUUCUGGAGGGUGAAGAGCCUGCCCCAGCCUGGGGCUCCCUGGAUCGGGCCACUCCGUCUGGUCCUCUGCAGCAUUUGCACCAUCCUCACGGUGGCCAUGGUCGUCCUCCACACCUGGUCACUACGCUCAGCCUCUGCCGCCUGUGAAUGGGUCGUCGCCAUGCUGCUGUUCAUCCUCUUUGGCCUCUUUGCGGUGGACUUCUCCAGCUUGGACGGCUGCACCCUAUGUCUCCAGCCGGGCCCUGGCAGCCUGAGCCCCCCGCCGGCCUCCCCCAUCUCCCUGAAGGUCCAGCUCUGAACACCUGGUCAGCGUAGCAUCUUCACACCUCCUGUCCCUGCCAUCUGGUUCCGCCCCUGCAACCAAGGCCACCCAGGAAGCGAGAGGCCAAGGCCAGCCAGCCAUCCCUGAUCAAGGAUAUUUAUUAUUAUUAUUAUUAAUUUUUUUUUUUUUUUUGCCGCUGGCGGAAUCAGAGACACGGACGCAGGCAGGAUCACGCGAAAUCAGAAUUCCUUCCAGAGAGCAAAUCCGUACAGAAGGUCGUGGGGAAGGGAGAAGACCAGGGGAGGGGGGCCCAGGAAGGGGGAGUUGGGGACACAAGGACAGAUGGCCCUGUCCGUCCGGAUCUGCUAAGCCACCCCAACCAGACCCCAUCCCUCCCCCACCCCACCCCGCAGAGAGAUUGAUCAAUAAAUAAAAUAAUAAAUUAAUCAAUAAAUAAAAUAGAAACAGCUCCCCCCCAGUCCUCCCAGAACCACCCCCGUUGGGCACGGCCCCCUGAGCCCUAUCCCUGCAGGGCAAGGCCGGGUUUGUUGUGUCUCCCCCCUCCCUACGUACUCCUUGGGCCCUAUUUACAGAUUCACAGUUGGGGGGCAGGGAAGGGGGGUGGAGGGGGCGCCCCUCCUUUCCCGGCCCCCUGGGGUCAGGGUAGGGGGGUCCCGUUGGUGGCCAGGAGCUUCUUGUCCUUAGGGGGGCCUCGGCGGGGAGAGCUGGUCAGCUCUGGGUCUGGGCGGCCGGGCGGGGGCUGCAGGCUUCGGGGCGGGGUCCCGGCAGGCCGGGUCUGGGUGCCAUUCUUCUCGUCUGUGGGGGAGGAAGCGAUCUGGCUUCAGGAACCCCAGGGGUACCGAGCCCAGGGAUGUGCUCCAGCAGGGGAGGUGGCUGCCAGGGGUCACACACGCCAGCAACUAGGCCUGGCUUCCCUAGACCAACAAGGCACGUGUCCCAGGCACCCCCAAACCUAAGGCUUUGGAAGCCAGGCCAUGCCCCAGUGAGACCUGGCUGGCCCAGCUCAGGAGACAUCCUCAGAGACUCUGGUUACAGCACCGUCUGAGUUCCCCGAUCAUGGCCAAAGGGCCCCAUUACUUUCCACUGGUUGUUAAUGGGGCCCAGCGGAGCCCACAGCAGAUUGUUUGGGGGUCUCGGGCUCUCCCAGCUGGGCCUGCAUGACUGCGGUUAUCUUUCUGUGGGGCCUCACUGCCCCAGACUAGCAGACUGCGGUGGCAGUGCUGGUUGCCAGCAGUCAUGCAGUAGUUUCUUUAGGGCCCAAAAUAGUACCUGUAGCAGAGGCCAGCCCCUUAAGAGACAUUGAUUGCUGGAGGCCUUGUUGCCAUAGCAACCAAUGGAGCUCCCCCUCUUUGGGGCAGACCCAGAGGUCCCCCAUUACCCCAUUCCCCUUAUAAGGCAUGUGGCUUGGGCCCUGGGUGUCUGUGGGUCCUACAUGAAUGCAUGCCCUUUUAGGAACUCUGGUUGUCAAGGCCAGCUUUCCUUGGCAACCGGAUCUGGAGAGGUUCCAGGGGCCUUCCUCACUUCUGGUUGCCCUGGGGAACCAGACUAACAGAAGGCAGAGUUUCUCCAGCUCCCUACUACUGAGGCCCUCCCUCCAGGUGCCUUGGUGUUAGCCUGCUUAGCCUGUGCAGGACCUCUGAUCUCCAGGAGUGUAUGAUAAUAAAUUGAUGUUGUUUGAA